AUGUAACACCGGUAGUAGUUACCUCACUUCCUGUCCGCGACUGAACGAGAAAGCGGGUAAAUUAGACAGAAAGUAACACUAACGUCGACUUUUGACUGUAUCUCAAGGCUUUGGGAAAGCAUUAACCGAGAAUGAGGACCUUAGAAGAGGUGCAGGCCACGCUGGAGAUCGCUAAACUAAAAGAGGAAGAUUUACUCUCAACUGUCCACUGUUUAUCAUUUGGAGACAAUGUUUCAUCUGCAGACUACUGCCUGAUGGAGCUGGAUGAAACCCUGUGCAAACAUAUAGAAUCUGGAGAAAGUCUUGUAAUUCGGGGGGAUAAAGACGAGCGUGCGGUGCUUUGUAGCAGCGACAAGACCUAUGACCUGAAAAUAGCAGACACGUCCAAUCUGCUGCUGUUGGUUCCCGGCUGCAGAACGCCAGACCAACUAACUGAUAACCAGGACAGCACUCAUGUGGUGCACACUCAGAUUUGGGGGUUCUGUAAUAGUUACUGGGAGCUGAGGAAACAGAGACCUAAACUGAAGAAACUGAAGAAGCUUUUAAUGGAGAAUCCUUACGAAGGACCUGCAAUAAGGGGACAAGAGGAUAACACAGAGAACAGGUACACAAUGGAGGACCUACUGGAGAGGAUUCAGGCCAGUGAGGAGGAAUUAAAGAACCACUUGGAGACGAUCCACGCCUGUCGGAUCGAUGGCUACUGGCGAGUGCUGGACUUUGACUAUGAGAUGAAGCUUCUGGGUCAUGUGACCCAGCUGGUGGAUUCUGAGUCAUGGUCCUUCAACAAGGUUCCCCUUCAUACCAGCCUGGAGGAGCUGGCUCCACUGGAGCCCAGGGAGAUGAUUGAGCACUGUUUGAACUGCUAUGGGAAACGCUACAUUGAAAGCGGCGAGGUCUUCUAUGCGUUGCAUGAGGACAGGGUGUGUUGGGGCCUGGCGCUAAUGCUGCUCCAGAAUGCCGUCAAGUUCAACCUGAAGGAGUUCCAGGACGUCUGGCAGCAGAGCGUCCCAGAGGGCAUGAGUACGAGACUGGAGCAGCUUAAGGGCGUCGCUCUGGUGGAUCGGACUUCCCGCCCAGAAACCAUCAGCCUGCUUCGAGUGGAAGAUCUCCCAGAGGACACAGUGGAGCGCUUCAAUCACCUCUUCUCACUCAGAGAGAAGUGGACAGAGGAUGACAUCACUCCAUACAUACAAGACCUUUGUGGAGAGAAGCAGACCACCGGAGCGCUCCUGACCAAAUACGCUCGAUCGUCAAUGCAAAGCGGAGUCAAAGUCUUUAACUCCAGACGACCUGUGGCUACAUGAAGUCUCCAAGAAGACCAGAAAUCAAUUUAAAUCAGGACAUUUUUGCAAUUUCAUAUCAAUGAAAUCAACUUACCUAAAAUGUGAUUCUGCAGUGAACUUGUACAGAUUUUAAAUCAGUUUGGAUCGCUCGGUUUUGACUUUUUUCUGUUCAACAGGUGAAAAAUGUGUAAUAAAGAUUUUUGGUUAUUAGUGGAUCUGUAA